CCCACCCGUGCGUCCACCCACCACCAUUGUCCAAAGAACCAGACUACCAGAGCACGUUCAUAUCCCAAUCCCAUCCAUCGUCUAGCUCGGACCAAGCUUUGGCUUUGGGACCAAAGUUUUGGUGGCCAACCGGCCAACCAGCCGCUGACGAUGGCGGCGAUGUGGUGGUGGGCGCCGCUGCCGGCGUGGCUGAGCUCCAGCGCGCUAUGGUUCCUCGUCGUCAACGCGGUUGUCGCCGCCGUCGCCGUCCUCUCCAGGGCACGGCCGCCGCUGCCGUCCCCACGACGACGCGGGUCAGGGGUCACGGUCACGCGGAGGGCGUCCUCCGCGGUGAUGCAGCGCCUCCGCUCCUUGUCCAUCUUCUCCUUCCCCUCCGCCUGCUUCAACACCACCACGCCGCUCCCGCACCCUGACCCUGACGCCGCCCAAGAAACAGAGGAGCCGGCGGCGGCGACGACGACGCCCAAGACAACCAAGCCGUCCCCGUCCCCACGCGCGCUCCCACUCCCGCCGUCGCCGCUGUCGUCGUCAGGGCGCGUACCGCCGGCAGACGACGACGAGACCACCGGGAUGAGCAUGGACGAGGCCUACGCGCUGGCGCUGCAGGCGCGCCGGCGGCCGGAGCGGGAGAGGGAGGAGGAGGCCAGGAGGUCCGAGGUGGACGCCAAGGCCGAUGAGUUCAUCCGCGGCUUCAAGGAGGACCUGCGCCAGCAGCGCCUCAACUCCAUCUUCAACUACACCCAGAUGCUCAAGCAGCGGGCACUCGGCGGCGCCGCCGCCGCCCGCAGGCAGCCAGAUCAGCUUUGAGUCACGUGAUCGAUUUGUUCAUUUAUUUAAGAUAUAUUGGUCUGCGUUUUCAGGGAGACCAAAUCAGUUUUGAGUUGCUGUUCUAGUGUUCUGUACAUAGACAUAGGGCUGCUUUCAACAGAUUGUUUGUAUAGUUUGAACAUAUUGUUUGCAUGGUUUUAUUUCUUCUUCUUUCGCAUUUGCACACAUGCUAAUAUUUUAUUGUAAUCACAUUUUCCAUUUGUUCUUUGAAAGAGGUGAGUAAUAAUACAUGUGCCAAUCCAAUAUUUUGGUUUA